UGAUAAAAACAAGUCAGUUACAAGGAAGGGUGAAAAUAAGGGGAAUGAGUGGGUGAAUGAAAAACAUGAGGAAAAGUUCUAUUCAUCCUGAGGGAUGCCGCCCUCGGAUGUUGCGAGGGUAAUGUCAGCGUCCCGUAAUGGUCUGUUGAUGGACGAUCUAGUCCCGCGGAUGCACAUGAUGGAUGAUCGGACAGCGGCAAAGGAUAGCUUGCACCUUAGCCAACUGAUGACAACGGGGUAUGGCAUCUGUUGUUUCCGGGCGAGCAUGUCCGCCAGAAGGUUGUGGCUUCUCGUCCCAUCCCCCCAGUGGUGGAGAACACAAGAGGUGUGAAGACCCCGCACUCCACAUCCCGAACACGUUGGCCAUAAGCCCGUUUCUUGAUGUCCUCGUGUUUCUUGUAGGCCGCAGGUAAGGAUCCUGAUCUAUUACGCACACACACACACACACACACACGUACACACGUGUACGCGCGCGGAUAUACGUUUAUUUUUUGUUUUUUUUAAAUUUAUUUUUUAUUUUUUAUUAUACGUACACACGCGCGCGGUUUGCAGCUUCCUGUCAGCUUGCACGCGCACAUGGAUCAUGGAAGGAGGGGGGGAAACGAGAGACUCUGAGUCUGAUGAAGGAGGCUACGUUACUCCAGGUGAAUUUGCUGACGACGAGCGACCUGCGACUCCGCCGAAAGAAGAAUCUGCCGACGACGAAAGCCCAGUGGCAGUCCCAGCUGAACUUCAGCAGAGGAUAAUUGAGCAAGUGGAGUGGUACUUCAGUGAUGAGAAUCUGUUGAAAGACACAUUUCUGAUGAAACACAUUCACCGCAAUAAGCAGGGGCUUGUGAGUUUGAAGCUAGUGGCAUCAUUCAGGAAAGUUAAGUCCAUAACAAAGGAUUGGAGGGUUGUGCAGGCAAGCCUGUUGCAUUCUUCUCAGUUGGAGCUCAACAGUGAGCGCAAUAAAGUGCGUAGAAAAGCUGCUGUACCUGAGAUUGACUACUCCCACACAUAUCGGACUGUUAUAGUACAAAACUACCCUGACACCCAGCCACAAGCUGAAGAAAUCGAAACAGAAUUCAGCAAAUAUGGGGAGGUGACACUAGUGCGCAUCAUCUCUCCAGGCUCAGCUGUUCCAAUGGAUGUGAAGCCAAGUCGAAAGAGACAUGCAGCUAUUGGUAAGGAACUGUGCAUUUUGGUGGAGUUUGAGAGUCUGGAUGGGGCCCGACAGGCCUGCAAAAGGUUCGCUUCUCAACAGAGCUGGAGGGACCAAGUGUCUGUGGCUUUGCUGAGCAGAAAGGAGAGUGCAGAGGACAAGACAAGAGAGGGUAGAAAGCCAGAUUUCCUGUCGCCCUCAAGGUCUCCAGGCCACAGGAAUUGUGGGGACACAGUGAACAGGAAGAGGAACAAAGGCAGUCCUGCCAGUGGGCGGAGGUUUCUUUCCCCUGACAAGCAGGAGAAGGCCUACCUGUCAGACUCCAGUUGCAGUGUCAGCAGAUCAAGGAGCCCAAGGCUCAGUCCAGAGCCUAUCAGGAAAUUCCCUAGCGACCAAGUUCUCACACGCUCUCAUAGAAACCUGCAGGAAUCUCGGCUAAUUCGACAGCCAUGGGGACCAGAUGGAAUGUUUGGACACGGGAAGGACUUCUACACCACUGAAGUUGUCGAGAGCUGUGGUCCAGAGUGGAACCAGGAAGUCUCAUUGUGUGUAUCUGGCCACUAUAAUGAACCUAUAAGGUUCAAGGUGAAGGACAAGGAGCAUACUCUUGGCUCCGUCACUGUCCCAUUAUUGGGGCUGGGGAAAUCGCGUAACAAGUUCUGGCUGCCUCUGCAACCCCACAAGAGAGCAAGUGAGGCGCAUGGCAGUCUGCAGCUCAGCUGCUGGGUCAGUAGCAAUGGAGAGGAGUCUAGAGGCACCAGGAAGACAACAGGGAGUUGUGCCAAUAGUGAUAUCCGGGAGGCAGGUCCACAUUCUGACACAGAGCCGGAGGCAGAAAAGGAGGAGGGGAUGGUGCCAGAAGUUACUGGGGUCAGUCCUAACACAGGACCAAUGCAAGGUGGUCAGCGAGUUGUCCUGAGGGGUAGCUACCUGGGAGAGUCCAGAGAAGAUGUAGUUCAAGUGUUGGUGGCUGGUGUGGAUUGCACCAGUUCUCUGGAUUAUUUUUCUCCCUCCAAGCUAGCUGUGAUGACUGGGUCUCGAGCUGCACCAGGCAGUGGGCCUGUUGUGGUCCAGACACGUACUGGUGGAGCUGGUGUGUCUUGGAUCAAUUUCUCGUUCACUGCAGAUGAGUUUGAAGCUACAGAAAGAAUCAGGAAAGCCAAGCACGAGACUCAUGACUCAACAACGAAGGCAGAACUUGUGUCACACAGGCAGCAGCUCCGAGAACUAAAGGAUCGAAACAAGAGUUUGCAGGAAGAGAAUGAGCAGCUACGAGGGUAUAUUGAGAAACUGCUAGUGGGAAUCAUCAACCACAGUCCUGGCGUCCUAGAAAUAAAGCCCUACCCUAGAGCUGAAUCUUUGAGGCAUAAUCUUACACAGUGACUGAUAUUGCUUGUUUGUGUGUGUGGUUUCAUCAUUCAUCUGUUUGACAAUGCUACAACUGUGAAGAAAAAAAACAGGCAACAUUGUAUCACACAAAGGACAGCAGCAAUAGUAAAGAAGACAGUGAGAAUCUCUUCAUGUACAGUUCAGCCUGAGUAGUUACUGUGCUAGUGGAGAAGCCCUUGCUACUCUGCUGGCCAGGGCAGGUGGGGAGCCCUGGGAGGAGGUCAGCUUGCUGGGCUGUGUCUUUGUGAUGGUGGCCUUCAUUCUCAUUUGGGCCAUGUUGGGAUUCAUGGCUCUUGGGUGAGCCGCAAUCUCUUUCCUCUGAGUCUUGGAAGCCUCCAUGUUGUAGUCUCCAGAGUCAAAGUAUUGCUUUCCACCCUAAGACGUCUUCCGAGGGGUCGGCCUCUUCACAAAUCCAUACUUCUUUUGAAAUUCCACUUGUGACACCUCGUUCGCUUUUUUAGGACUCAAAAACUGCUCUGGGACCAAUUCUUUGUCCGCCUUAGCUGGAUUCUGAAUGCCUCGCGCCUCUCCUCCGGCAGACAUUUCGCUGGGGGUAGUUGUUGACAGACUAGACACACACGCCUCCUACGGAUCAGAGGCUCCGCCCAUCUGUUUGCAUCACCUUUGACCUUCAAGUGCUCGUGAUGGAGUUUGUCGUCUUCUUAGUUACGUUUGUUUUGCUGAGGGCGGUAGGAGUUGCACUAAGCCGUGGCCCCCUCAGUCUGCCAGAGACAAACGCAGACAAAGAUGUUCCCAUGUAUUCCCAGACCGUUCACGUGACCACAAACACUACUAGAGACGUUGGCUGUAUUGGGGAGGGCAGGUGCAAACCAUGUUCCCGGUUUGAGAUGAACAGACAAGUGAAGGAGUGUCUUCGUACAGGCUACAGACAGUGGGCCUUCUGUUCUCAUGAAAAGGCUAGCAAGUACAUCAGCUGUCACUACCUUGCGGAUCACAACAAGCAGAGAGCAUUCUGGAUAUUACAGGCCAUCGCUGUGUUGGUCGGAUCUCUCUCACUGGUAGUUGUGCAUUGGAGACAGGCCAGAAUAGACAGAAUGAUGGCCCACAGAAUUGAGCAGCAAAUCAGGACAUGACAGAUUUAAUUAUUACGAGAGUGCUCAGCACUUGCAUGGAUAAAAGCUGAUAAUGAAAAGAGGUCUUGCCAUGA